AUGGGUAAUAGUGUUGAUAAAGAAUUAAAACAUAAUGAACGAAUACAUCAUCAUUUUCAUCAAGUUGAACCAAGUCCAUUUUACUGUGCAUGUCGUAAUGGUGAUUUAGAAACUGUUCGAUUAAUGUUACGUACUAUUUCCUAUAAAGAUUUAAAUCGAUUAGAACUAUAUGAUAAUACUCCACUUCAUGCAGCUUCAUUCUAUGGUCAUAAAGAAAUUGUUCGUCUUUUAUUACAUGAACGUAAUUGUGAUCGUUCACAACGAAAUCGUUAUGGUUUAACAGCUUAUGAAGUAGCAAAAAACGAUGAAAUUCGACAAUUAUUUCAUCGACCAUUAAAUAUUAAUCGAUUUUGUGAUAAUAAUACACAAAAUAAUAAUAAUAAUAAUAAUAAUAGUAAUCAACAAACAUUUUCUAUUGUUUCUUCUCCAUUAGAACAAGUAACAAAAGACAAUGAUAAUGAUCAUGAACCAAUACCUUCAAAAUGGGUUAAACUUUAUCAAACUGAUGAUGAAAUAUAUAAAGAAAUUCAUUAUCUUAGUAAAGGUAAACGUUUACUUCGAUCAAAAUUUGGACGAUAUAUAGCUGGUAAGGGUGCAAAAUAUCAGGGUGAUCAAAAACUUAAUGAUUAUGAAAACUUAAUGGGUUAUUUAACUAAUCGAUUAUAUCGUGUCAAUGAAAUUCGUAAAAUUAUUGAUAAUGUAGUUUCAAAAGAACAUGAUCAAUAUGAUAGAUGUUGUAAUCUAUUAUUAAAAUAUUCUCGUGAUGGAGAUGUUGAAUCAUUAUUGAGACUUUAUUCACUUGAAACACCAUUUUAUCAUGCAUUGCGUAAUAAUAUAGCACCAUUAAAAUGGCCAUUAUUUUUAAAUCUUUCAGAUUUAAAACAUCGAUAUUUUCAAGGUCAAUGUUAUCGUGGUAUAUUAAUGACAAAUGAUGAUUUAAGAUCAUAUCAUUGGGCAUUUAAUAAUAAAGGAAGUUAUAUACGAACAAAUACAUUUUCAUCAACAUCAACUGAUCGUAAAAUAGCAGAAAGUUUUCAUGAAAUAUCAUUAUUAUCGACUGAUAGAAUAAGUGUUUUAAUGCAUUAUCAUUUUCCUAAACCAUGUGAUCAAGCAAUUUAUUUAGGAUCUAUUAAUAAAUCUCAUUUACCAUGUAUAUCAGAAUAUGAAAAUGAAUCUGAAGUUUUAAUAUUACCUCGAACAUUGUUUAUUAUUGAAAAUAUUUAUGAUGUUACAAUAAUUGAUGAAGAACAGCAACAAAAACAAUAUACAGUAAUUUAUUUAGAAAAUGUUUUACAUGCUAAAGAAUCAUUAUUGAGUUCAUUGAAAUUUCUUAUAUCAAAAACAGAACAAAAUGAAAUGGCACUUUAUUAUAAUUCUAUUGCACAAGCAGAACAAGGAAAUAUUAGUAAUGAAACAAUUGACAUUUAA